CCCCUCCCAGAUCCAAGAUGGCGGCGGCCGUUGUUGGGUGCCCGCAGGGGGGGCCGUGACGGUCACACACCGGCCCCGGUUCCCCCCCCCACCCCCCGGUUCCCCCCGCGAUGCUGCGGCGGCUCCUGGAGCGGCCAUGUUCCCUCGCGCUGCUCAUCGGCGGACAAUUCGCCUUCGUGGCCUAUUUCUCGUUCGGCGGGUUCCGGAACCUGACGGCGCUGUUCGCUCGUUCCUCGUCCCCCGUCGUGGAUUAUUCGCGGACUCACGACGUUUACACCAACCUCAGCGCGAUGCUCAACGGCGGCACCGCCGGGAAACGGCACGGAGCGCCGCCAUAUUGCCCCGUGACGUCACCGCUACUGCUGGGUCCCCUGACGGUGUCGUUCAGCCGCGUUCCCACGCUGGAUCAGAUCCGCGCCAAGAACCCGCUGGUUCAGCCCGGGGGGCGCUACCGCCCCACAGCCUGUGAGCCCCGAUCCCGCACCGCCGUCAUCGUCCCACACCGCAACCGCGAGACCCACCUGGGGCACCUGCUGUACUACCUGCACCCCUUCCUGCAGCGCCAGCAGCUGCAAUACGGCAUCUACGUCGUGCACCAGGCUGGUUCGAGCACGUUUAACCGCGCGAAGCUGCUGAAUGUUGGUGUGAAGGAGGCGCUGAAGGACGAGGAGUGGGACUGUUUGUUCCUGCACGACGUCGACCUGGUGCCCGAGAACGACCACAACCUGUACACGUGUGAUGGAGCCAACCCGCGGCACGUCUCCAUCGCCAUCAACAAGUUCGGAUACAGGUGGGUCACAGCGUCACCUGACAGGACCUGACAGCACAGCUGUGUG